CAUACAAAAUCUUCAUAAAUGAUCUUUUGUGUCUUCCGAAUUCAGACCUGCGCGAAUCUUGGGGACAAACAUGGGCUAUUUCUAGUCAAUAUAAAGGAAAGAAUUAUGCCCAAAUACAAUCUGUCAUUCCUACCAAGCCUUGGUUUUACAAUUUUAGAUUUAGUAAGAUCACGACUACUAUCAUAAUCCGGAUGAGACUGGGUCAUGCUUGCACUCCAUCUCAUUUGACUAGAUUGGGUAUAGUCAAUAACAAUAUGUGUGAUUGCGGCGCUGAUGUUGGCAAUUUAAAUCAUAUUUUUUUCGCGUGCUCCUUAAAUGACUGUUCCUCAUUUAUUGAUUUAUUAACAUCCCUUGGUAUUCCACUCCCGACUUCUAUUAAUACUUUGCUGUGUACUAUGAACUAUGAUAUUUAUUUAUGUAUUUCAAAUUUUAUCCUGAAACAUAAUAUCAAAUUGUAAUUAUGUAUAUAAAUACCUACCUGAUCCAUUCUUUUUAAUUAUCCGUUUUUUCCUUUUUCUCCUGUUUCCCUACCUUGUAUGUGGCUAAAUGCACAAACAGUGCAAGCUAAAAAAGAAAAAAAAAAAAGAAAAAAAAAAAUUAAACUUUAUUUAGGUAUUUGAAAAACGCAAAACUUCUUUUAAUUGAGUCUUUCUUGUCAUGGAUCUUAAUUUUUUCUGUAAGGAAUUACCUAAAAUAGAACUUCAUGCACAUUUAAAUGGAUCUUUGAGCCAAGCAACUAUGCUUCAGCUUCAAAGGUAUUAUGUCGACGCUGGCAUAUCUGAUAAAACAAACACAUUUCUCGACGAAUUUCAAAUAGGCGCUGGAGAUACAAGAAAUUUAUCAGAAUGUUUCCAAGUAUUCAGUAUUGCACAUUCAUUAACAAGCACGUCUGAAGCAUUAGUAAUGGCUACAGAACUGACACUCCAAGAAUUUCAAGAAGAUGGGUGUUGUUAUAUUGAGCUGAGAAGUACUCCACGUGACACACAGUACAUAACAAAGAAGCAAUAUAUUGAUAGUAUUAUAAGGGCUAUGGAAAAACCAUCAAUAAACCUCUCUAUCAUAUCUAAAUUGAUUAUAUCAAUAAAUAGGGCAUCCCAGCUACAAGAAGUGGAGGAAAUAGCUGAUAUUGCAAUAGAAAGGCAUAAAAUACACCCUGACACAGUUGUGGGAAUAGAAUUAAGUGGUAACCCAGCAGUGGGAAAUUUUGGAGAUUUUAUACCAGCUUUGAAUAGAGCAAGACAAUCUGGACUCAAAGUAACACUGCAUUGUGGAGAAGUAUGCAACCCUGAGGAAGUACUGGAAAUGUUAAAUUUUAAACCUGAAAGAAUUGGACACGGAGUUUGCAUUCACCCUAAAUAUGGGGGGACGGAAGAAACAUGGAUAGCACUUUGCCAAUCAAAGAUACCUGUGGAAGUAUGUCUGACAAGCAACGUGAAUACAAAAAUAACGCCCGAUUACGAGUCGCAUCAUUUCAAAGAACUUAUUGAAGCUGGAUUGUCUGUUGUACUUUGUACUGAUGACAAAGGAGUAUUUGCGACAUCUCUGUCUCAAGAAUACAGGCUAUGUGCUGAAUCAUUUGCACUUACACGGAUUCAAGUAGCAAAAUUAUCUUUAGACGCAGCACAAUGCAUAUUUUCAGAAGCGAAUAUUAGAGAGUUAAUCAUUGGAAAGAUUUUAAAAUUUAUGAACGAUUAUACCUCAUAAUUCUCAAUAAAGGGUUUCAAUAAUUGAAUAAA